AUGUCAUCGAAAAACUGCAGCGGAUGUCAUGCGUCUAUUACUAACGGGGAAUACCUACAGUGCAGGGAUUGUAAUCAAAAUUAUGAUAUCCUGUGUGCCAACUUUUCCCUUAAGCGAUUUUCUUCUAUGACAAAGGAAAAUAAACUCAAAUGGACAUGUGACGCAUGUCGAAACAAGCACCCUAAAAGAAAUAAUCAGGAAACUCCUGUUCGUUUCAACCAACUACCAACCGCAUCUGAAAAGGAAACACUAGAUGACAGUUACGUCACAUUACGCCCGAAACGUACGCACACUUUGACACACUCCAGUACAGAAAAUAACUCAAAUAUAAUGCAUCCAGAUGGGAAUGAGUUGUCAGAAAUCAUAGGUAGACAGCUUAAGCAAUCGCUACGUGAAGAAAUGCCUGAGUUACUGAAAAAAAUGUUGUUAUCUGAACUUAAAACAUUAAGUGAUCAAAUAGCGGAGCUGACGUCUUCUGUGGAGUUUUUAAACAAAAAAUACGAUGAUGUUCAUGGUCUACUGAAAUCGCGUGAAGAAGAAAACAAGAAACUUAGAGAUUGCAAUGAGAAAUUACAGACAACAGUAUCAAAUUUAAGUAAACGGGUUUCGACUUUAGAGCAACAUGGACGUGAGAACAAUAUUGAAAUACAUGGACUGCCUGAACAUAGAACAGAAAAUAUUGCUCUAACUGUGAUGCAAAUUGGCAAAGUUGUCUCGCAAACCAUGGAAGAUGGGGACAUUAUGUCUUGUUUUCGAGUAGCUAAGGCAAACAACGAUAGUACCCGCCCUCGAACUGUUGUAGUUAAAUUUCGUAGUAACCGAUGUCGUGACGCACUGCUCGCUGCAGUAUCGAACUACAACAAGAAAAACAAGCUGGAUAAAUUAAAUACGAAUCUAAUCGGUAUGGGUGGUACUAAGCAACAAUUAUACAUAAGUGAACAUCUAUCACCAGAAAAAAAAUCUCUCCAUGCAGCUACUAGGAUUAAAGCGAAAGAGUUGUCGUAUAGAUUCACAUGGAUUCGCAAUGGAAAAAUUUACGUGUGGUCGACGGUGCUCGCGAUAUUGUUUACCGUGCCUCUCGCGCUACUGCCGGAUGAACUGCCAACGUCACGGCUCUUCUUCUACGGUGCAAUGGCGACCUCGUCCUUGGCUACUUUCUUGGCCUGCUGCUUACUCAUAUUUUCGGAGUCCAGGGUAAUUUGACUACUACCUUUUAGGUUUAAAUUUGAUUACAUUGUUUGACACUUUAUUUCUUUAUAUUCCUCAGAAAAAGGCAACGCUUAUGUGGCCCUGGGUGAUAGUGGCUUGGUGCACCAGCCUGCCCCUGGGUGUUCUGUGCGUGGUCGGCAUGGUGACCGUGUCCUUCCGUGCGGCUGACCUGCAUGACGCCCUCGCAGAGAGCAUCGUCAUCUCUGGAUACUUCACACACGCAUUGUUGCUGUUCUGGUGCGCGUGCGUGGUGAACAGCCGCCGCAGAGAGCUGCUGAGGGAGGGUUACGCUCGAGCCAACAAGAGACUCAUGUACCCUAUCAUGUACAACGUGAACACAGUAUGAAGCCCCUGCUACACCAAAGCAGGCCUCAUAUACUCCCAGAAAUGAGAGACGAGACAACUCCGUUUCAGAUAUAAUCGUGGAGGCAGCGGAAAUAUACACAUGUGUCGUGUUGUGUUGUUUCGCCUCAGAAAUACUCACAUUAAUUUCAUUGUAAUUUAUAAAAUAACACGUGACAAAGACAAUAACAACACAACAGGACCCAUUAAUGUUUCCGCCUUAAGAGUUCUGUUGCGCU